UUUCCCAACAAGAGAAGAGAAUGUUGAAAAUAAAUACACUGCUAUUCACACAUUCACUUUCCACUCACGACAGUUGACAAGCCACUAUUUAUUUUCUUCUUCUCGUUGGUCACAACUUGGAUAUAUCUAGGGAGACUUUAGAGUGAGAUUUGUUCACUUUUUCAUGCUUUGACAUUUUCCCCUCGCUCACUAUUGUCAAAGUUAUUCUAUAAAGACUUUGUUCUUGAGUUAAAGCACACUCCAAGAACUUCUUUUGAUGCAAAUGCCAAAAGGCCAUCCUUUACAAAGGCCAUUGUAGUGGCUUAGCACUAGAAGUGAGGAGUGAGGAGAGUCUUCAUAGAGAAGGAUUGUUUGGUCAUAAGACUAAUCUUUUCUCCACAUUUAUGCUUCUGUCAUACACACUUAACAGCCAAUGAUCACUUCGUGGGAACUUCCAGGAAGUAGGCUAUGCUCUGAUGAAAUGCAAAGGGACAUGUGAUGUUAAGUGUUGGAAUCUUUUAGUAACUAAAUUUGGACUCUGGAGUCUUGGCUAGUGCUUUUGGUUAAUUUCUCAAGUGUGCUUCAUCUGAGUUCUGACUUGUGAAGUUCCUAGGUAUGGGACUUGAAGAGGGUGGUGAAAAUAAAAUGCUGGGACUGAGAUUUACUCAAAGGCACAAACGCUCAAAGAGUCUUCCUGAUAAGAAAAAAAUUGAGGAUGAUAAUCCAGAUAAUCGCCUUCACGCCACAGAUCGAAAGAAACUGGAUAUGGGUUACCUCACGGAAUGUGAUAAAGCUAGGAAAAACCGAACUCCUAUAAAUGAAGUCCACAGUACUCUGAAGCAAGAGAUUCUACAGCUAGAGAAAAGAUUACAAGACCAAUUUCAGGUUAGAUGCACGUUAGAAAAGGCACUUGGAUACAGAUCUCCAUCUCUCGUUAAUUCAAAUGAGAUGAUGAUACCUAAGCCUGCCACGGAAUUAAUUAAGGAAAUUGCAGUGUUAGAGUUGGAAGUAGUGUACUUGGAACAGCAUCUUCUCUCCUUGUACCGUAAAGCUUUUGAUCAACAAUUAUCUUCUGUAUCUCCAACAACUAAGGAAGAAAGUGUAAAGUUCCCUCUAACAACACCUAGAGCAAGAUUCACCAAUGUUUCUAUGCCUAAGGUUUUAACCAAGAGAGAAUGUUCUACAGUACAAUCUAAUGACCACGAACUUGAUACUCUGAGAAAGGAACAUAACAGAUAUGAGCCCGAGAUUUUUGGGAAAGAAUAUGAUGAAAAUUUUCCAGAAGAAAAGAACUUAGAUUCUGGUGUUUAUCGUUGCCAUUCGUCAUUAUCCCAUUGUCCAGCGUUUACAAGAGCCUCUCCUCCAGAAGAAUCUUUAGCUAAAUCUCUGCGUGCCUGUCAUUCCCAACCAUUGUCCAUGUUGGAGUAUGCUCAAAGCUCUUCUUCAAACAUAAUCAGUCUUGCAGAACAUCUUGGUACCCGAAUAUCUGAUCAUGUUUCAGUGGCACCUAAUAAACUUUCUGAGGAUAUGGUCAAGUGCAUAUCAGCCAUAUAUUGUAAGCUUGCAGAACCUCCUAUGACACAUCCAGGCCUUUCAUCUCCAAGUUCAUCCUUGUCCUCAGCAAGUGCCUUUUCUAUUGGAGAUCAAGGUGACAUGUGGAGUCCAAGGUUCAGGAAUAAUUCUUCUUUUGAUGUACGCUUAGACAAUCCUUUCCACGUGGAAGGACUUAAGGAGUUUAGCGGGCCAUACAGCACCAUGGUUGAAGUAUCAUGGCUUUAUAGAGAGGGUCAGAAAUCGGCUGAUACCGAGAAGUUGCUACAGAAUUUCAGAUCACUUAUUUGUCGAUUGGAAGAAGUAGAUCCAGGCAAGUUGAAACACGAGGAGAAGCUAGCUUUUUGGAUCAACAUACACAAUGCUUUGGUAAUGCAUGCAUUUUUGGCUUAUGGGAUUCCACAACACAAUGUGAAAAGAGUGUUUCUUCUAUUGAAGGCUGCAUAUAAUGUUGGGGGUCAUACAGUUAGUGCAGACACAAUACAGAGUACUAUACUUAAGUGCCGGAUAUCUCGCCCAGGACAGUGGCUACGCUUGUUAUUUUCUCCAAGGACAAAAUUCAAAGCUGGAGAUAGACGACAAGCCUAUGCAAUGGAGCAUCCUGAGCCUCUUUCACACUUUGCACUCUGUUCAGGAAACCAUUCUGAUCCUGCGGUACGUGUAUAUACACCAAAGAGGGUGUUUCAAGAGCUAGAAGUUGCAAAGGACGAGUACAUUCGAGCUAACUUGGGGGUACGCAAGGACCAAAAAAUACUCUUACCAAAACUUGUUGAAUCAUUCACCAAGGACUCAGGUUUGUGCCCCAAUGGUGUCAUGGACAUGAUCCUAGAAUCUCUACCCGAAUCCUUAAGAAAGAGUGUUAAGAAAUGUCAACUUUCAAAAUCCCGGAAGUACAUAGAAUGGAUUCCACACAACUUUACUUUUCGAUACCUCAUAUCUAAGGAUAUGGUAAAAUGAUUGAUUACUUGGCAGAGUCACUUCUUACUGUGGCAGGUGAUCUGCUUUGUUUGUUUGAUCUAUGUAAUUCUUUUUGUACAAAGUAGAAAGGGUACAGCGAGAUAUAAUAUUACAAUGUGAAGCAUUGUUAUAUUA